GUAAACAGGGCUAUUUGCACGACUCUGAUCUUGGCCAGAUCUUGACCUAUUAACACGCAGUGGAUGUCAGUGAGUGUCGCUGCGAGUAUUUAUAGAUUGGGGCGCUGAAGCUUUUUGUUUCGGGUUCGCGCGCAAUCGGGGUACGGACGAAGUACGGGCGCGUCGCGUCGGACGUAAAAUGUCCGCUAGAGGGAUAAGACGGAAGAAAUCGUCGCUGUCUGAAGUGAAAGUCGCUGUGAUCGGUGCGCCAUCUGUCGGGAAAAGCGCUCUUACAGUCCGGUUCUUGACGAAGAGGUACAUCGGCGAGUACGACCAUCAACAAGAUAGCAAAUACAAGCAUGAAGCUUUGUUGGACGGCGAGCCGAUAUUGUUCGAAAUUCUGGACACGUGCCCUAAGAGUUUAGAUGAGUUGCCAGGCAAUGAGAUAGCCCAGUGGGCGGAUGGUCUGUUCCUGGUGUACUCGAUCACAGACAGAGAAUCCUUCAACUAUGUCCGUCGAGCAAAGCAGAGCCUACAGCCAGAAAUACCACUCGCACUAGUCGGCAAUAAAGCCGAUAUGGUACACCUGAGACAGGUGAGUCCAGAAGAGGGCGAGAUCCUUGCGAAGGACUUCGAGUGCAGUUUCGCUGAAGUAGCGGCCGCUGAACAAGUGAACCAAGUUGGGGAGGUAUUCCACGAACUUUGUCGAGAGGUCUUAACACAUAGGCGGAGAGCCAAACAUAGUUUACUGGACAGAAUGCUAGGCUCUAAAACAGCGUAUAGGGUAUAUUCUAGAGGAAAAAGCGACAGUGCAUUACCUAAAGACUAGCUGCAUUUAUCUGUCUCAAAGGCGAGAGAAGAUUUAUUAGAAGAUCAACUCCUCUAGGACACCGAUGUUCAGGGCUUUUUUGUGCCGUCUUGCUACAGGCAACCCUGACUGACCAGUAUUCCGUUAAGUCAGAAUACUAGGGAUAUAGGACUGCAACUAAGUUUAAUAAAGAUAUCUCUUUAAUAAUUGUAACGAAGUUAAUCGUGUAUAAAUUAAGUAGAAGUUUUAAAUUGAUGUGUGUAAUAGAAUGGUUGAUUCGCGCGUUAGAAGAAAUAUUAAUCGUAGUGCUCCUAUAGAGAAGAAUUUUUACGAAUUGUAUUAUAGAACAGGUUAUAAAUAGUGCCAAAGUCUGUAUUGUAAUUUGUUUUCCGUAGCAAUUUCACUAGGUUCUUCUAAGAGUAUUAUAGAAAAACAUUACGUAAAAACAAAUCAAGUAAUCAUUUGGACGAAAGUAGCAGGCCUAAACGGCACCAAUGUGUAUGAAUCAGUGUUUAUUGUCUUUUUAGUUGUUGUUUAAUAUAUAGAGUUCACUUAUUUGAGACAAUAUACAAGCAUUAUGUAUAGGUAGAGUAUCAUUGAUAUCUUGAGGCCGUGCUGUCAAGAAUUCCAAAAUAGAAGGACUUCGUGAAUUACAGACCUUGUUCGCAAUCAACAAUAGCGCGAUGAAGCAAUUAUUAUCGUCAUAUUAAAUUCCAAUAAGUUCUGCCUCUAUUCAUUUCGUUUUGCAGUAUUUAUCUUGAAAUCUUAGGAAUUCUUAGUUUGUUGAUAUGUAUGGUUGAUAUCAAAUAGGAAACCUCAUUCUUACUUCGCAAUAUAGCAUUGCCCAAAGAACAUGAUGAAGAUUAUUUUUUUAGGUUAUGAAAUGAGGCAUUUGUCUCUCGGCAAGGAUGAACGAGUAACGAGUAGAGAUAGAAUUGGAAACGAGUUAGCGAGAACGGCGAGCGAGUGCGUAUAGUUCCAAAUUCCAAUGGUGCUGUUACGAGUGUUAACAGUCAGUGCCACAGACAGUGCCGGCAGUAUGAACAGUCAGCGCUCAACUAUUCGUAUAUUAUGCAUCUCUUUUGUUUAUACGCAAUGUAUUGUAUAUAUCAAUUAUUCGUUUCUUGAGCUAUGAAAUAGCCGAUAGUUAGUCGUUUUCUCGUUGGCGGUGGGACAAGCCUUGCCGUGCCUUAUUGGCCUUACUGGUGGUUGGUAGUUUCGCAUCAUUUCAGUUGCAGUUAUUGUUUUUUUUUUUAAGAAUCUAGUCAUAUAUUUUCUGAUUUUGUAACUUGUCGAAUUAAGAGAUUAAUUCCUAUGAUCAUGAUCCUGUAUUAAAUAUUCUGUUUUUUGGUUUAAUCACAAUAGAGGUAUUAUUUGAAGUUUUAAUCUAUGCUGGAGGCUUGUAGCGACCCGCGAAGCGGCGACCGUCGCGCUGUUACCGUCGCGGGUCGCGGAAUGCUCAUGAAUAUUGAUUCUGAACAUAGAUAUUCCCACAUAUCUAUGUUCAGAGUCUUCUGAUAUUACUUGAUAAAGUAUAGAAUGAAAAUGUUUGCUAAAUACAGAUAAAUGAGAUUUUAAUGGCUAAUUAUUCGUAAAUAUAAUAUGUAUCUACACGUAGGUAUAGUUAGUUGGAUAUGGUUGCUAAUUUGCCACUAGAUUUCUAUUUACUGUUGACUUUGUAUAAUGGUCUUCAUUAUAUUCCUACUAUACCUGAAUCUACCUAUACUUUAAGCUCACAGCACAUACCACUCGAAACUUAUAUAGAUGUCUCUCAGACGGACAUAGGUAGACUGUAAGUAGCUGACCCAACCACAAGUCGAACACACCAUCAACCUAUGGACAUUAUUGUAACAUAUGAACCAGGGAAAUAAACAACUUUCUAUUCAAAAAAUUAUAUUCUAUUACACUUUAAGAAGUAUCCUUUAGCUAGCUAAAAGCCAAAAAGAUACUCGCGACAAUAUUUUAAGAUAUUAUAUAGUUAAAUGUGGUUAAAUGCAUUGUUCUACUGAUAGGUCUUCGCUUUAUAUUCUUGCUCUGGUGGUAGUUUAAUAAGUACUUACAUACAAAUGAUUUCUCCAAGUAUAUAUAAUUCAUAUGUAUAACAAAAAUGUCAUAUCUUUCAAUAAAUGUUUAUUAAUAAUAUUGUAGAAUGAAUAUAACAAAUUAAGACGAUUAACUGUGUAAUAAAUUGUGCAAUAAUUAAUAAUAUUAGGAAUGGUGCAAAUUGUUUAGUCUCAUUAUGAUUUGGGCUAAUGUAAUUUCAUAUAAAAUCUAGUCAUAUUACAUUUUUCCAAUCUUCGAAUCGAACCCCAGACUUGAUGGACAGUCACGACCACUACUUUGCGUAUUGUAAAGUUACAAUAGAUGCCGAUCAUUGGAUUACGCUGAACCUAAAUAUUUAGCAUUAGGCUCUGUCUUAUCUAUAUUAUAUGGCCGGUAUUAAGGUGAGCACGUAAUGUCCAAACCACAGCCAAGUAUGUAUGGUGCACGGACGAGUGAAAAGCCGCGGUUAUUUGUUUGUUAGCAUAAUUGUUGUUUAAUGUAUGAAACUA